GUUAUAGAUUUAAAGGAUUCAAAUUAUUCGUAGAUGAACAUAAGCAAACAAAUCAACAUCCGUGUAGACCAGAAGAUAAUUAUGAUUCAAGGAAUAAGCCUAAUGGAUUUAUGGUAUACUGUAACAGUGCAGGAAGAUAUAUAACUAUUACCAAUGACAAGUAUACACUACAAACAAGCGUUUUUGUGAAUCUCUGUGAAGUUGAAGUUUAUGUUUGUUCAGUUGGUACCUUUGGACCAGAUUGUGCAUCAUUGUGUUACUGUCAAUCACCUGGUGAUAGAUGUCACCCAGUCACAGGUCAAUGUCCUUACGGAUGUGCUGUUGAAUUUACUGGAACCAGUUGUAAUAUAAAACAACCAAGAUUUGGAUAUAAUGAUAGAUAUAUAUGUCAUUGUGAUGAAGGAUAUUGUGAUACUAAUACAGGUGUCUGUUCUAGUCGUAAAUGUGAGAAAGGAUGGUAUGGUUCGUCAUGUCAAAAAGAAAAUGUUGCAUUUAACAAAAAUACGUGGCAGAGCUCAACCUAUUCGGACGGGAAUGGACGAAGAUAUUCUCAUUAUGCAGUAGAUGGUGAUACUAAUCAUAGCAAGGCAUAUAAUACUUGUACCCAUACGGCUGAUGGGAGGACAAAUGCUUCAUGGGGAGUAGAUUUAGGACAAAGUUAUCCUGUUGCUAAUAUAAAAAUAUAUGCAAGGGAUCUACAUAUCACUAAUAGAUUUAAGGGAUUCAGAUUAUUCGUAGAUGAACGUAACCAAACAAAUCAAAGUCCGUGUAGACCAGAAGAUAAUUAUGAUUCAAAGAAUAAGCCUAAUGGAUUUGUGGUAAACUGUAACACUACAGGAAAAUAUAUAACUAUUACUAAUGACAAGACUAACGAACCUACAAAUUCCGUUUAUGUGAAUCUCUGUGAAGUUGAAGUUUAUGUUUGUUCGGUUGGUACCUUUGGACCAGAUUGUACAUCAUUGUGUUACUGUCAAUCAUCUGGUGAUAGAUGUGAUCCAGUCACAGGUCAAUGCCCUUACAGAUGUGCUGAUGGAUUUACUGGAACCAGUUGUAAUAUAAAAUGUACAGAUAGAAAUUGUCGGGCACCAUCAGCAUGUCACAUAAAUAAUGGAGAAUGUAAAGCAGGGUGUCAUCCAGGGUGGAUGGGUGACUAUUGUACACAAAAAUGUCAGCCUGGGUUCUAUGGUAAUCAGUGUAUACAAUCAUGUGAUAACAGAAAGUGCAGUAGACAAAAUACUGAGUGUAAUAAUAUUAAUGGAUCAUGUAAUGGAGAUUGUUUACCUGGUUAUAAAGGUCUGGAUUGCAGUCGCAUCUUCAUCAUGUCACCAUGUUGA